ACUAGGAAAAAUCAAAAUGGCGGACUAUUUGGUUGCCAGAAACACUCGAAGUUAAAAACAUUCCGGGAAACAGUUUCAAUUCUUCAAACAUUUACCCCGAAUUAAGGGGAUAUAUAAAAUGGCUUCAAGUGAUACUGUAACAUUGGUAAGUAAAACUGAGGAAGAAGAAAAGAAAGGCUUGAAAAUGCAAGACAAUCUUCAAUAUUGAGCUGUUGUUGUAAAAAUGUUCUCGUUGCUAUACGUUGCUAGCUAUAUCGUUAAUUCCGCUUUAGAAAAAGUCAUGCAGUCGAUGUUAACGCGUUUUAUUUUCUAGGCGUAUAUAAAUUACUAUUGUCGAGAAAAAUACUACAGACAUCUACAGAAUGCCUGUCUUGAAAGUCUGAAGAAAUAUGGGAACGAUCCGGUGUUGAUAUUUUGGAAAGCCUUUGGAGUGUUGAUGGAAGGUUUGUUUUGUACUUAGCUUACAUGACAGUCAGCUUCUGCAGGUGCUAUUUCCUUUGUAUAUUUAAUACUAUUUGAAAUUUACUCACCUAACAGACAGAGCAUCAGAGGCCAUUAGGGAAUUAGAGGUGAUCAAGGACAAACCAGAUGUGUUAUUAUGCUCCACCAUGGCACUGAUACAUGCGCACAAAAAAGCUAAACUCGUCGACAGAGAAGCUGUCCAAGAGCUAGAGACCAAGCUGAGGCAGGAUCGACAGUCUUGUGGUGAGAUGGCUUUGUAUUUUGGUGGCAUGUUUCUCUGGCACACUGGACGCCAUGACAAGGCAAGAGAAUACAUUGACAGGAUGAUCAAAAUGGCCAGUGGCAAUAAGGAGGUGAGUAAAAUAAUCUGAUUUUACCUCUAGAUGCAGAGUGAUCAUACCCUGGGAGCAGAGCCUAUAUUUUUGCUGGGUGAGCUGGCAUGUGAAAAGUAGCCUCUGCCGACAACCGUUUAAUUUUCUAUUGUAUAUGCACGAAAUUCAUCACGCAAUUCGCAAGCAAAAUUAAUUGUCACGGUCUGUCAUGAUGGUCUGUUCGUGGGAAUAAAAAAACUGCGACAACUCUGUUCUCCUCAAGAACAGGAAAAACCUCUUUUUUAAAUUUAUUCGUCCAGAUUUCUGAUGGAUUUGAACGGUUGUCAGCUGCUCGUAGGGUACAGUGAUCAUUGUUGGAACAACAAGAAAUAGUUUACUGGUUGUUAUGUAGAGAUUAUCCCCCUGCCCCCUGCCGCUGAAAGGGGGGCACAUUAUUUUGUUCUUAGUCUUAAUGUCAAAAGCAGUCAUUUUCCAUAUUACUGGUUUUACAUGACAUCGUUAAAAUUCAAACUAAAGAAUUAUCAAUCCUACUGAUUUUUUACUUUUAUGAGGCAUUAGAGCGGCUGAAAACUAAUAUUAAUAGAAAAUUUUCACUUCAAAGGGCUCUACAUUUUGUGAUAUAGUAUGCUUGAAUUUAUACGCUUUUGUGCAACACAGCAUUUACUUGGUGGUUGAGAGAGUUGUCAUGUAGGUUAAAAAAGUGAGUUAUUUUGGGGGAUUUUCCUUUUUAAACAGUCAUUGUAUUAGAAAAAGUAUUGCUUUAAUGUUUAUGAGUUUGUCUGGAGAUGAAUUCACUCUUUCUUGAUUAGCAAAACUCAGUGACAGAUAUUUCUGUUGGUUUCCCGCCCAUCUGAAUGGACACCAAGGUGGUGUCUCCAUACAAAGCUCUACUGAACCCAUCAAUAAUAGAUGAGCUUGGGAAAUGGUGCCUGACAAAGGAAGGUGGGGUCACUAGACAAACUGAGCAGAACACAUAGGGUAUCCAUGACAAUCCUGUGAGUGACAACCACCAAGGACCACCAUCCUGAAAAAAAUAUUGGUAACUAAGAGACUCUUACCACAUAUUUACCAUGGCAAGUGGGAUGGGCAGGCUGGGGGUCAAAUCAACAAGAACUACCCAGAAGUAAGAAACAGAAAGCAAAAUGACUUGACUUUUGAAGCUGCGCUGUAAGCUCACAACAUCGCUGCACACAACCCCGGCCACCCCACACACCAACCCUAAUUUCUAAGUUAUGUGAUAACUAUGUAUGUAAUUGCAUGUUGUCUUUGAAAGUUCUUGGAAUACUCUGAGUGGCACACUACAUACAGGGAACAAAGAGACCACAGCAUGCAUUAAGUGGUUGCUUAAAAGAAAUUAAAACAGUGAAAAAGUGGUCGCUUAUAAGAGGUGGUUGUUAUUCAUGAGAGGUUCUUGUUAAAGGGCUUUGACUGGGAAAAUUUUGGUGUUUUGGAUUGGUGGCCGCUUAUGACAGGUGGUCACACAUGGAGGUUUGACUUUAUAUACAUUUGGGUGCCAGAUCCACCAGACAAACCUUGCCUAACCUAAGCUCUACACUGUUUUCUAGUUAUUUUGCCCUACCUAGCCAAAGAGAUUUUACCUGGUUAAAAAUUAAAUUUGCCCAUACUUGUAGAAAGUUAACUGCAACAGGAAUAGCCUGUUCUAGGUGUGUGGGUAGUGGAGUGCAGCACGAAGGAAGAGAACAAGAAAAAAAUAAGGAGGAAAAAAGGGAGAGGGAGAGAGGAGGGACUCUCACCCCUACCCCACCCCCUCGUUUGUUUUUUUUUUCCUGCUUAAAUUUCUUUGCACUGUCCCCAUGAUCUGAAUGCCUAGAACAGGCUACAAAAGGAAUGUUUCAUUUAUAAUGUCAGGGUCUUCUUCUGCGUGGCUGGGUUGAUAUAACCAGUGGCAAAGAUUCCUAUGCAAAAAAGAGCAUCAAGAUGUUUGAUGAAGCACUCAGCGGGUAAGUAGCUUUGAUAAUUUUUCUGCUACAAUAUCUCCCAGGGUAUUUAACAUAUGAUUUCAAUUAUCAGUUUCUAAUUUUAAGGUGGAAUAGUGGUUAAUCAUUAAUGUGCCGUGGUUUACAUGUGUUUGGUUUAUGUUUGGACUGUGACAUUUUUUACUGGGAGUUUUCUGCGGGGUAUUGUCGAUUGUUUAUUGAUUUCAUUAUGUCAAUUAAUUUUAGGUCAGAAGUCGUGAAGAAUGUUGAUGCUUUGCUUGGAAAGGUAUGUCUUGUAGUUUGCUUACCAUUUCUGUCUAUGCUACUUAAGUUGACUGUAACAUAAGUUUUCUAGCUAGCCAGAUCCCUAUAACCUAAGAGAAUUUAUACCAACAAAGUACUAGAUUCAAAGUUUCCAGUGAUAAAAUCAGAGGAGUAUAAUUUACAAUCGGAUUAUUGAAUUCGCAUGACAUAAAGUUGUAGCACCACCCAAGAUUUGUUUUAUUAUUCAUUAUUUAAUAUAUUUCCAAGUUGUUAACACCCUUACCUCUUUUUGACAUUCCUUGUCUGUCAGCAGUUAUUCCUCAAAAAACAGUUGAUAUUUUUCAAGUAACAUUUUUGUAUAUUCUUGCUAUAACUUUUAGUAUGCUAUUUUGUCUUUGCAUAAGUGUGGACUCUUUUGCCAUUUUGAGUUCUGCACCCAUGUUAAGUCAGCUACUGUCUUGUGUAACAUCAAUCAAGGAUAACUGGCAAUAUCGUCUAUUAAGCCCUCCUCUCAAAUAAGCCCCCUCCCUCUAAUAAGCCCCCCCCCCUUUUCUGGGAAGAAAGUCAAUAAGCCACCCCCCCCCCCACCUUUACUAAGCUCCUUCUACUAUACCCUGUCCUAAUAAUUUAUUCUUCACUGAUAAAUGGGGACUGUAUUAAUCAAUCAUGACUGUAAAACUUUGUGUGGACCGAUCCGGGAUGGUUUAUUUACCAAGUGGAAUUUCAGAUUUGUUUCUGAUCCUCGGCUGCAUGACCUCAAACCUUCUUGUACUUGAGCUUUUUCACUUUGUAUUCUAGUUCUUUAUGGAGAAAUGAUACCAUUGUCUUUUCUAUAUUAAAUAGGCCCCCUAUCUCUGUUAACCCCCUCCCCCCCACUCCUCAAAUGGGCUUGAAAUAAGAAAGCCCCCCGUGGGCUUAAUAGAGGAUUUAUGGUAUGUUUACAAUCAUUUCUGAGUAACUGACAUCAGUGAUGCUUUGAUUUAAGCAUCUUCCAAAUUCAAAAUUUGGUCAUCGCCAUCUGAUUAGGAAGAAUUAGCUUGGGGAAAAAAGCCAGCCAGAAACAGGGGAGCUUUUUGAUGAAUAAGAAAGUCAUUGAGUACUAAAUUGUAGCUAUGAGGGUUAAAAGUUUAUGUUUAAUUUUUAAUACAUUGUAUUAUAUGCCAGUUAUUUUCAUGCCAGUGACAUUAAUUGUGUUAGUCAUGUUUUACAAAAUUUCAAAAAUCACGGAUAACGCAACAUGUCUCAAAGGUAGCCCUGUGCCACACUUUUUCAUAACUGAGUUUAAGAACUUGAGGGCUUCAUUUCAGAUACAUGUACUCUUUUGUUGCAGGCCAAAUUCCUUGAGAUGAAGAACAACUUCAGUGGUGCUUUGGAGCUCAUCAAUCAGGUGUGUACAAAUACAGGAGGCCAAUUUCCAGUGUUGUACGAUGAGCUGCCAGUACCUAGUAUUCAAAUACAGUUGAACCUCUCCACAAUGGCUAUCUUGGGGACAGAGGAAAGUGGCCAUUGUGGAGAGGUGGCCAUUAUGGGGAGGUGAUAUGGCACAUCUUUUUUAGGGAGUACAAAUACAGUAGGCCAAUUUGCAAUUUCUAUGUGAACUAUCAGCAUUGUAGCAUUCAAAUGGAAGCAAGACUAGUGGUUGUUUUGAUAGAAUCCUUAGUGUCAUUCAUAUGCAUAACAACCUGAUUUACACUUGAAAAGUAUUGAGGGUUUUAUUAAAAAAUGAGGUCACUUCGUGCCUUCCCUCAGCUUGAGACCAGAAUGAUAACUGUAUGGCACAUAACCUGGCCUUUAAAUAUAUCUACCAACCAACAAACAUGUACUGCAAAAUGGACUUCAAGUACAUUCUAUGUCUAACAGUCAUCAUCAUAUAUGUUAUGGGUCAAAUUUGAUCCAGGUUGAUUUUGAUUUAACCUAGAUUGGUUCUCAAUUUCCUUUGUCUCUUAUCCCUGAGAGACAAAGAACAUAGAGAAUCAACCCACCAGGUUAAACAAUUUUAACCUGAAAUCAAAUUUAACCUUUACAUCCAGUAACCAUUUGUGCUUUCUUUUGUGUGGAAUUCACGUUUAUGUAGGUCAUGUUUAUCCCCAAUAAUAGUAUUUUUCUGUCUAAUAUUCCCCCCCUCCCCCACCCCCUUUUUCUGUCUAAUAUUCCCCCCCUCCCCCACCCCCUGGGUGUGCCUUGAAGGUUACCCAUGCAGGACCUUAAUUAAGAUCCUGAAGUGUCAAAGAUGUCUUAUUGUCAUGAAAUACAGGUUUUUCACCAAGAAUUCUAGUAGCAGGAGAAAGAUGUAACGUUACAUGAGAAAAUUUUGAAACAGGUCCCACGCCUGAAUAAAACAUUUGCCACAGAAUUCUGUGUAGUUAAUGGAGAAUUCUCCAAUCUCCAGUGCCUAAUGAACACCCUGGAAAUAUUAAUAAGUGACUAAUUCUAAACAUUAUAGGCUGUGGUUGGAUAUACAGACUUUAUACCUGCAUUGAUUGAAAAGAUGAGAUUACAGCUUGCGCUGCAAGACUGGGAUCAAACGCUAGAGACAGCACAAAGGUACAUUGUAAGACCUUUUGCAUCAUAUUGUUUAUAGACCCUUCUGCCGUGAUUUUUUAACUUUUGAUAUUUACCAGUAAGUUUGUGCUUUACACCACACAAAGCCAUUUAAAAUUCAAAACUUUGCCUGGCUACUGUGUAUGUAUAGCUUUGCUUGUCUCUGUUAUAUUGUUGUCAAAGACGGUACUGUGUAAGUUUACCCAUUUUAAAAGUGCUCUUUACAGCUGUGGCAAUGGAUAUCUAUGGGAAUACUGUCAGUACACAUUAUGAGACUAAUCUCAAGCUAGGUGGCCCUCAUUUUGAGUAUUGGGUGGUGGUGUGCUGUCGAUUGAUAAAAUUGUAAACAUGGCAAGGGGAUUAAGAUUUGAGUUAUAAACUAAGUGAGUUUAGUUCUAAGGGUUGCUAUGAUAUUUGCUGUCAUUUCACAGAGCUCUGAAUAGCAACAGAAACUGUAUUGAGGCCCAAAGGAUGGUUGUUAUGUAUACACUUUGUCGAGAGGGAAAAUAUAGUGAGGUACUGGAAAUAAUUUUUUUAAAAUAUUUAUUGUACUAUAUAGUAUCUACAGUGAUAUGUAUUGUGCAUUACUUAUGUAUUAUUAGCUUUACUGGAUUUGCUUUUUGUAGCUCUUUCAAAACAGCUGAGCUAAUGUAACCUCAACCAGUGGGUUCUUUAUGGUUGCAAUCCCUUUUUUUGUUAAUAUCUUGCUCAAUAGAGAGGAGAAGUGUGACGUUAAGUUACCAUGGCAGCCAAAUUUCUGGAUGACAACAAUUUAAGCUUUUGUAAUGAGAAAGAAAGAAAAAACCCGAUACGUUUCAAAAAACCUUUGCAGGGUACAUUUCAUAGCCGUCAUUGCAUGACUGUGACAUGACAUGAAACUUCCUAAUUUUACACACCCACUUUACGGAGUGUGUGAACACAACACAAAAAGUGUCUUUUGUUCUCUAAUCACCCUGCAGUGAAACGAGAACAAAUCAUUUUCACUCUAGAAACCAUGAAACGCAGACAAGAAUCAGGAAUAGGCAUCUCUGGAACCCGGGCAAAAUUCAUGAAUAAACAUACCUAUAGAGCUAACGAAGACGAAUGUCAAUAAAGUACAAUCUGGUAAUAACCUUUCUGAAAGAUUGAAUAUAAUAACAAAAAAGAUAACCAAGAAAAUUUACAGAACGGUUUUUGCAAAGAACACCUUAUAUACCUGAUAACAAAUAAUCUUGCACACUCAAAAAUAACUGGCGACAAAUACCAACACAUCCGUAUUUAAGCAACGUGCUUCAUUUUAAACUUAGAUACGGUCCUUUCGAAUUAAAUCCAGAAAAUUUCGCCGACAUUUGACAAAUUCAAUGAAACUGAAUAAGAUCGAUGAAGUUUGAAACAGUGUGAAUUUACUUUUUAAGUCAAUUUUCAGUUUGUUAUCAUCCCAAAAUUUUGCUACCAUGGCAACGUGAUGUAACAACUUCUCUCUAUUGACUGUCAAUUUGACCUCAUUUUACUGAUAUUGCAAAUGUCUUCCAAAUUUGGUCAAUGCUCACUUGUCAUGAAGAAUAAGCUAGGGGAUUGAACCAUUCAGAAACAGAGAAAUAUUAAUUAUUGAAUGAAUAAUGUUAAUGUCAGCUAAACUAGCAUGUUCUCCAAUUCCAGUUCAUUUUAGUUCACUUCAGAUUUCACCUUGCCACAUGCUUGAUUGACAGUUUCUUGUGUUGGUAACAAAGAGUAAGUCAGUUACUCUAGGUUGGUUUGGAUUGGUUUUCAAAAAUAAACUUAUUUACCUUGUUUAGCUGUAUCUUUUUUCUCUGCACAAAUAAAAUUCGAGGCUAGUUGCAUAAUGACAAAACCCUCCUCCAGUCUGUGUUGUCCGUGGAAAAAUUUAAUGUUAAUCAUUGAGGCUUUAUAGCCCAUAACCUGGAGCAAGCAACUCCCAUACUAGGGUUAUGUCACAGCACUUUCACAGACCAGUUUAUUUUUAGCAGUUUUUUGCCAUGAAACUGGAAGCUCUUCAUUGAGCACAUUCAAAGUAUAAGAAUGUGAACAAGGGGAAAAAAACACCAUCAUAAGUUCAAAAAUACCAUUUUCAAGUCUGUAGGUUUUGCUGACUGAUUUGUGGGAGUUAUCAGAUAUUCUAACUUCGUGCCAAAAUCAUUCUAAAAAUAAACUGGUGAGAAAAAACGCCAUGACACGAGUGCAUUGCCAUAGAAGUUGUUUGCUUCAGGUUAUGGGAUUUACUAUAAAAUAAGUACUAUAAAAUAGGUAUUUACUAUAAAACAUAUUCCUUUUAAUGAUUAAAGAAAACUUUUCUUCAGGCAUCAGAUCGGCUUGGAGAGUUAAUUCAGAUGGUGGACAGAUGUGAGCCUAGGAAUCCUUUCUUGUAUCAUGAUUUGUCUCAAGCAUUCAGCAGACUGGUAAGGAUUAAAAAAUUUACGUCUGAAAAAUUUAAGUAAAAUGGUAGAGAAGUAUUGCUGGACAAGACAAAAGCAGUUACACGGGAGACUACAUCUAUGAAGAUUCAGUCACAAUUUGAAAACAUUUUCACCAAUCUUUUAAAAUCAUGAAAUAAUUCGUCUUUUUGGUUUGACUUUUGACUUUUUGAUUCUUUUCUUGUACAAAAAGAUAUAAAUUUUAUAAAUGUUAAAUUUAGCGUUAGCAGUCUAAACCAAUUGUUUUCCCAGGAAAUUCUUGUUGUAUUCGCUCUUACCAACUAUACUUUGAACACAGCUCGGUCAUUCACGUGGUACAAAACUGCCAUGCUGGAGUUCAUGGCGCAAAAAAACAAAGAGGUCGUCUCAUUUAUAGUGUUAAUUCCCUUUGUUUGUCUUGCCCAGUGUAUCUGUUACUCUCCAGCGUGACCGUUUUGUACAACGUGAAUGACUAACUACCUUACAAAGGGCUUAAUUCCUUUCCUUCCUUUCUUCCCCACCCCCUCCCUGCUCUUUUACUCGCGCCAUUUUUCGCGCUAUCGUUGACUCUCGUUCCUCUCUCUUUGCUCCGAAAGCGCACGGAAACGCUUGCUACGCAGGCUACAGUCCAAAGGGUAUCUCAAAUAAAGGGCAUUUACUGUAUUUAAGUUCUGGUCACUGUCACCAGGGACAAUGUAGCCCAUAACCUACUACGUGUAGGAGCCAGUCAUCAGGUGCUAAAAGCAACUUGGAAACGAGCUAUGAGACUCUUGGGUAUCUGGAUCCUUAUGCCACACACUUCUGCAUCCUUCUAUGGUCAUCACUGUUGAGACAUCUGUUUUAGGGGUGUUGUUCUUGGUGUUGCACAAAACCAUUGUUGGUGGGGAUCCCCUCUCCGGCUCUGUGUUAUAAUGUAGAUAUUGUUCAGUGUCUUUACAGUCUUUUGUAUUAUGUAAGUUGGUGAUUGCACCCGUCCCAGACAUCAAGAAACUACAAGUACCUGUUGUAAUGAAAAACAACGUGAAUAAAAAAGAAUGGUAAUUGUUACUGGCUACUCGUUGCAUGUUUGCUAAAAUGUUUGUGUUUUAUUUAGUGUGGCAGGAAUGACCUGGUAUUACAACAAACAUUGACACUCGUAGAGAGAGCUCAGAGCCUAGCACCAAACAACGCUGAAUAUCAGACAGAGGUAACUGGACUUGUUUGAGAACGUGUGUAACUUUUAAUUUGUAGGCUAUAAUCGGUACCGUUUGAUUAACUUGCCCGAUAUACGGUCUGAGGAACUGUUAAAAAGAAAUAAAAUGAAAACCAGAGAGAAUGCAGCGAUUAUACACAUCUAAGUAAACUGUAAGUUUUCAUAUAUGUAAGAACUUUAUUGAAAUAAGUUUGUUGGUUACUUUUGGAUCAUUUAUUUCCCAUUUGAACAGCUUGGAAAUCAGCUCAUCUUACAUCACCGAACCCGAGAAGCAAUGAAAGCAUUCCGAACAGCUAUGAAGCUUGAUGAAACAAGUGUACCAGCAUUAACAGGUUGGUCCACCUAGACAGAGAUACUCACUGGCAAAAGACAUUCUACAUUACCGUAUUUAUUCGAUUAAACGCCGCCGUCGAAUAAACGCCGCGCUCGAUCAAACGCCGCAGACGGAUGCAAAAUUACCAUUAAACGCCGCCCUCGAAAAAACACCGCGUCUAAUCAGAAGAAUGCGGCGUUUACUCGAGGAUAAUAAGAAAAACCUCGGUACAACUUGGUAAUUUACACCAUCCAGACAUUUACGAUUCUAUAUCAGCAAACGACUUACAAUAACUGUUGUCAGUGAUUUAAAAGAAGUGAUUUCGAUAUCUAGCGGCGAGGAGCGAGGAGUGAUGGCUGUAUUCCGAGACUAAGAAAAGGCUGUUGUUCUUUCUACAUUAACUUACACUCAGCGAUGUAUUACUUUUUGCUUGUUUUCUUGUUUGUUUGUUUGUUUGUUUGUUUAUUGAGCGCACUAAACUGAUCCAAUUCAUACGUGCAAAAAGUUCGAUUCCAUCCUUUUUUAGCAAAGUCGUUUCUCAUUAUUGAAAAUUACGUGAAUGUGAAGAAACGUACUGCCAAGUGUAAGGUAGAUUUACCUUAACAAACUCCGAAAGUCAUUUGUUUUUGUAUGAGUAGGUUUUUCUUUGUUUCCCUUGCCAGGUAUCAUCAAAUGUCAGUUGUUGGAAGGAAUGGUUGAAGAUGCUGAACAACAGCUGGAAUUUCUGAAUGAAAUACAACAGUCCAUCGGAAAAUCAUCUGUAAGUUUUAUUACGUUCAGUAGCAACACUAUUAGAUACAUGUAAUAGAUUAGUGAACUCAAAUUUAAGUCAGCACCACACUUCUUUAACGCUUCCCUGGGACAACUUUUUCCCAUAUAAACGGGGCCUUCGAUCAACAAAAAACAACUUCGCACGAGCAUCACCCUUUUUUUGUCGUAAAUUUCGUUGCCUUUUUUGCAAUACUACAACUUAAAACAUCCUUAUUUCAUGUUUUAUUGGGGACGUGAACUCAAGACGAUUUUUUUUUUUUCUGAACUUAAAAACGCAGUCCUUAAAUUGUAUCAAUUCAAGAGAAAUUCCCCAUCUUUUGACAAAUUGAAUGAAAUGGCUGAAUUAGAGAGAUGCAAGUUUGAAACAGCACGAUUUCACUUUUUAGUGACGUUUUCGCUGCAGUUGCCGUCCUGGUUCCUUAAGAUGGGGGCUUAUUUAUUUCAAUCCCAUUUGAGGGGAGGAGGUUGGGGAGGGGCUUAACAGAGACGGGGGGGCUAUUUAAUUUAGAAACGACGAUGGUAUCAGUUCUCCAUAAAGACCUAGAAAACAAAGUGGAUAAGCUCAGGUCCAAAAAGGUUGUAGGUCGUGCAGUCGAGGAUCAAAAACAAAUUCGAACCUCCAGUUGGUAAAUAAACCAUCCUGGAUCAGUCCACGCGACGUUUUACAGUCGUGAUUGAUUAUUAUACAGUCUAUCAUUUAUUAGUGAAGAGUAAUUAAAGAAGGCUUAUUAGAGGGGGGCGUAUUAGAGGGAGGGGGCUUUAGAGAGGGGCUUAAUAGAGGAUUUACGGUACCUAAAAAACGUAUGCCAAAACAAUGAAGGUAGAAACACAAACUGUGCGGUUCAUACCUCAAACCUGACAUCACGUUUAGACCUCAAGUUAAAGUACAAUGUUCCUUUCUGUAGGAGCUGUCAUACCUAAGCUCUGUAUUACACAGAAAGAAAAACAAGCCAGCUGAGGAAGUUAUUAACCUCUUAAAUGAAGCUGUUGAUGCACAUUUUACAUCUCUCAAGGUUAGUUGAAAGAUCAAAAUUUUAGCAUUUUUUACGUGCCAUUCAUGGAACGAAAGGAGUUAGUGGCCGUUGCUUUUGAUCAGUGAGAAAACCUUAAAUUGGUGUUCACUAGGAUUAUGAAACUUUGUGAUGUGUUGCAAGUAACUUUGAUAUACUACGUCUGCUUUUUUGACACUGAUUUUGUUGUUGUGUUGUAGGGUCUCGCUCUUGGUGUGAAAUAUUUCUACAACUUAAAUCCAGACUUCCUUCUUCAGAUUAUUAGUGAUUACCUCAUCUACGCUCCUACCGAGGUUUGUACAUUAAAAACAAUAAUAUUCUUUAUAUACCCACUUUAUCGUCUCCAAGGAGAUGGUAGGAGGCAGAUCCUUUAACCGUUAACAAAGAUGUACUGAGGAAUGAACUCGUGUCUUGAAUGACGAAAAAGUCACCGGAUACAUCCUAUUGUUUUCCAAGUACAGGAAGUACAACUCUGUAAGGUUAAUAGAUUUCAGCAAUUUAAGUUUCAAGCGGUUGAAAACCCCAUCUUCACCCACAGCUAUCUUCGUCAGAAGAAACUGUCGCAUAUCCGACUGACUGCUGCGCGAAAAACGCACGAAUCGCGUUAGAAAACUGGCGCAUGCAAGAUAGAAAAUGGGCCAGUUAUCGACAAAGGCUACUUUUUGUACGUCUGCAGGGUAGUCAUAGACAAAACCACCCAGUGAAUCCAACGAAACUCUUCCACCACCACCACAAAUGCUAAUAAACACCCCUAAUACGUAACCACUGUGUUUACUAGUUCCCUUUUCUGAAUGUCAGGGAUAUAUGCUUGCGAUGUGCUGUCUAGUUCCUGUGCUUGUUUCAAACCAGAAAUUCACUAGUACUACAAACUAACACACGAAAGGAAACGUCGGUUUAAAUACAUCUCUUCUUGCCCCUCUUUUUGCUCUGUGCAUUUGUUUUUGGUUAUUGCGCAAGUUUGGGAUCCAGUCUCACUGCAAUUGUUAUCUUAUACUCAGGCACAAAGUCCCGGUCAGCCGCCCCCGCCUUUGCUGAAGCGCUGUGCUGCCGUGCUAGAUCCGUUAACUAAAAGUGUCACUGGUUUGCUGGAAGGAUUGUAUCUCAUGGCGAAAGUCAAGUAUCUUUCAGGUGCGUAUAAAAGUUCUAUUGCCGUGGGUGCAUCGGUUACUUCGUCACUUUUGUGAACGAAUCUCAUCAAUGUACGGCGGAAUACAUUAGCGACAUUAUAUAAUAUAGUAUAUAGUAAUAAAAUGCGUAUAUAGUAAUAAAAUGCAGUGGAAUCUCAUUAAGAUAAGGUCAUGUGCUGCUUUUAGGUGUACUUACCGGUUGGAAAGGUUUUCUAUAGUUAUUUCUAUAAAACAUUGUGACAUUACAAUUUGGCCGCCGUCAUAGCAUUUUUGAAUAGCGCAAGUAGCUACGUAUUUUUCUUGUGUUUUAAAAGCUUAUACUUCUUUUGCUGGUCCAUAUUGUCAUAUUAGACUCGCUUAUUUUUAGUUCGAGGAAACCUGAUUCUUUAUAUUUCCUUUCUGCUUUCCUCGCCAUCUGCUUUUCCUUUAACUUCCUUUAUAAUGCACCUUUAUUGUAAUGAUGUGUGAUAUGGCAAAUAAACAUACAUGAAUUAAUGAACGAACGAACGAACCGACGGACGGACCGACCAACCGACCGACGGACCGAGUGACCGAACGAACGAACGAACCUCACUCCAUUAUUUGCCUUUCCAAAACGAAUGGCUUGUGCCUGAUUACAUAUUACUACCUCGAAUUUUAGCUCAUAUUCAGAUAAUACAUUGGCCCUACCCUGAUGAGGAGUUCAUUGUCACGGGUAGUCACAUGACCAGCCGCAACCAGGGUUCUUUCUCGAAACAAAAGAGAGAACCCUGUCAACGAAUUGAUUUUAUUCAUGCGAUGAAUCUUAAAGACCAAAGGCUAUGACGUCAUCGGCAUUAAUGUCUGCCUCAGCAAGUUAAUGAGAUUCCUCCGCAAAAACGGAGUAACCGGUGCGCCCUAUACUACUUGUAAAGAAAGGCAGUAAGAUCAAGAGUUUGAUACCUCAUUUACUUGAAAGUUAAAAGCAAACGCAGUUGUUCAGGAAGGUUAGGUCAGUUAGGACGUCAGGUCGGUGCUUCAGCUUGGUCUGUCCACCCAAGAGGGACUGCGGAUGAGCCUCUUUUCCAGAGGAUACUCCGAAUCAUUAUACGUUUCUGGGAAAUUGCCCACCUACCCCUCCCCUAAGCCUACAUUAACACGUACCUCUCACUUGGGGCAAAAUGUUGCCUUAAGGGAGGGGUAGGUCGGCAGUUUUCCUAAACUUAUAAUAAGCUAUAGUCCUUGCUGGUUUAGAAUUAGAAGCUAACUUCUCCUUGACUUACAUGUACACACAGUGGUAGCACAGCCGCUUAUUUUUGAGUGCCCUUGACUCAAGAAGUUUAAGCGUAUUUAACGCGCCAGUAACACAUUUCAGUCGUUUGUUUUCAGGGGAGACUGAUGCUGCUAAAUCCUUGUUGAUCCACUGCCUGGAUCAAGACUCGACCUUUUCUGAUGCACAUCUACUAAUGGCUCAGGUAAUUUAUCGCUACCACCUCAUUAUACCACUCCCUGCUUUACAAAGCCUUCGGAUGACAGCUUUAAUAUGUUGUUCACAAUGCUACAGUAGACGAGACAAGAUAAAGUGUAGACGCCAAUUUCUAACUAUUUUGACAACACAUGAGCUUUACAGAGUGUGGUUUUUUAUUUAGUUAUGUCUGGAGCCGAUUAGGUAUUGUACAAAUGAGCGACUUUUGAGUGAUUUCACGGACAUAGCUGUCCAAGGAAAUACCGAAUAAUGCCUUUCUGUAAGUUGGAGAUGUUUAGUUUGACGAUGCUUAUGUUUUGUUUUAUCACUUCAGUAUUUUAUCCCAGUACAAAAAUGUCUUCAUGACCUAAGUAACGGAACCCCCUAAAUGCGGGCACCCCGUUAAUACGGACACUCUCCAUGGUCCCCUUAGCGCCGUAUAAACGGGCUUGACUGCUCACGUGAUAGACAAACUAAUCUUUAGAGCUUUCUUUCUUCAACAGAUUCAUCUCCAACAGGGGAAUUUUAAACUUGCUGAGCAAUCUCUUGAAGUCGGUCUCAGCUACAACUUUGAGGUGAGUAGGUCCUUUCGGGAAGUGUACAAAAAUGAACUGAUUCUUAAUGCGAGGUUCUUUGUAGGGGCGUAAACACAGGACGAGAAACUUUUCUUUUUGUUCCUGAACCUACAUACGGUCCAUUGGUUCGACAAUUGGAAAUGAUAACAAUCAAGUUUGAAGGAACCCAAGUUCACGUUUAAAAGACGUUUUUGCUACCGUCGCCGUCAAAGGAUCAUUAAAUGGAACUUUUAAAGAAACCACGACGACAACGACGGCGCGAAAACGAGACGAAAAAACCGUUUUCACCAUUUUUUACACUUGAUUUCUAAUAUCCGAUCUCUCCGGCGUACAAUUUGUUAAAAGUGGGAGUAUUGAUGUUGGGUUGAAUACUUAAGGACCCUUUCCGAGUUAAGAAAAAGAUAAUCGUCUUUUUGUGUUUAUGUCCCCCGUAAAAUGUAAAGUUAGAACUGAUUUUGACGUCGUAGCCUUGCAGUGACGGAAAGAAAUGUACCACAUGUGGAGUCAUUGUUUUGCUUAUUAAAACUGAUGCUUUUUAACGUUCUCAUCUCCGUCGCCGUCUUGACUGCGUGAACUCGCUAAUCUUCCUAACCGACAGUGUCAAAGCGGUGCAGUGUAACGCAAUAGCGAUGCUUUCACCAUAGCCUUUGCGAGAUGUUUUUCGCUGCCUGUAAGCCAGUGUAAUGUUAACAAGCUAAUAAUUUGCUUUGCUUUAGGUAAGAAAUCAUCCUUUGUAUCAUCUGAUCAAAGCAAGAGUUCAGAAGAAGAUGGGACAUCCAGAAGAAAGUGUCAGCACCAUGCAAGCUGCAAUGAACCUGCCUGGAGUAAAGAAAGCAGGUAAGCAAAUUGCAUGGGAGUUCCUUAGGCGUAAUUCAAUCAAGCACGUUUUUAGAUCUUCUUUAGUGGCUGUCCUGUUAUUUGUGUCGCGGCGUUUGGGCUUAAAAAACAUUGGUAGUGCUGUUGCUUUUGUAUGAUGAGGGGCUGAUAUAGAAAGACUGUGUCACAGCGUUCGUACCAAAACUCUCAAUCAAUGUCAAGCGACGAGAAUCUAACUUGUUAAGGACCCUUGUGCAUUGUGGGGUCGCUUAUGAACGUAUCGAUUUCGGGAAUGGUCAAACGCGUCUGUGACACUUCACUGAGUAGCUGGUGAGCGCUCCUGGUUGAUGAGAGCCGGACAUGAUGUACCAUGAUUAAAAUGCUAUAAACUAGUAAUAACCAAAGAUUACGCAGUGCGGGCGACAUCGUUGUGCUUUGCGGAAGUUGCACGUGACAGAUAGUCAAAACACGCGUGAUCAAAUUACGAGUGAAAAAAAGUCCAAACGCGCGUGAUCAAAUUGCGCUCUGUGCAUUCCAUUCAUUCUCGGUGGAAGUCCAAACGAAUGCUGGCUACAUACAUGAGAUGCCAUGCAUAAUAGCAACUUGUAGAUUAGGAUUGUGGGUAGACUUGCUACAAGUCGACCUCUUGGCGAGCGGAGCGAGCCUUGUUUGGCUGCGAAGCGGCCGACCGCGAGCGACGAAGUCGCGAGAGGUCGACUUGUCUCGCUUGAUGGUUUGCCAUUUGCAUUUCGCGCCAAAAAUGGGGAGUAGCGUGACUCGCAUUUAGGGUUUCAGGUUUCAUUUGCGAGUCCUUGACUUCAAUGGCGGAAUGUGCUGAUUCCACUGCGACUAUAUCUAUUGAACGUAUGUGUGUAUCUCCAUCAUCGAAGGAGCAAAUUUGUUAACUUUGUGCGAAAGUUUUCUCUAACAAUGAUUUUAGGCGAAAGUUGACGACCUCAGGGGGCCGGAAAAAAAACAAAAAAUUGUUUCAAUCUCGAGUCAAUACUGGGAAAGGAGAUUUCACAGCCAAGGAAUCCUUCCCAUCCGCACACAUUUUAAACCUACAGAGACUUUUCAAUACACUCAUUUCUCUUCCUGUAACCCUCACCACGUGGUCAGAAAAGGUCUCAUAAAGGGCUAAGCCCUUAGACUUCUGAGAACUAACUCCUCGAGCUAAAUCCUUAUACGAAAACAUCUACAACUUCAAAAACGCCUUCUCGCUAGAGGUUACCCUCACAGUCUCAUAGAAAAAAUCACCUCUGAGCUUAAAUUUACCGAACGGAAGUCAGCUUUACAAAAGAACAAUAAACUGCGAAAGAAAAUUCUGCCUUUCGUUACCAAGUACCACCCUGCUUUGCAGAACCUUAAAAACAUUUUAAUGAGCAAAUGGCACUUAAUUCAAGAUCAACCAAUACUGAGACAAAUAUAUACAACGAGCCUCCCAUCAUUUCAUAUAAAAGAGCAAAAUCGCUGGGAGAUAUCCUCUUUAGAGCAAAACUAUAAGGUCACUUAUCACACUAUCACGAGCUUAUUAGUCCUGUUUGGCCCGUCAACACCUUCCACUUCGGAAUCGACCCCAUGUUGGACUUGGAACCGUAAGUCACGUUUCAAUGCGCUUAGUACUUGUGGGUGAAAGCUUUAUUCCCAAGGGUCCUUGGGAGCUACUCUGAUUGGUCCAAGCGCACCGACCCGUUUUUGGUCGGUAAAAUUGGCGCCAAUCAAGUAUGAAAAGUCCAUCGUCCCGCGCCAUACGAAAUCCGACGAAGGACUUUUUUGAAAGUCUAGAUUGUGGGCUUCUCUUCUCGCCCGCAAUGAAGUCUUCUUUCCAGGUCUGUCAGUUUUUGUCUAGCUUUUUUUGUUGAUUUAUUAUAAUUGCAUUUACUUCGUAGCUCCAAAAUCUCAAAGCAAGAAAAUAGCGAUUAGCUCCAGUGAUCGUGCAGCAGUUUACCUUGAACUAGUAGAUGCUCACAUGGAGGCAGGCCAACUGGUAAAUUAUGAUUCAUGUUUUGAUUGUUAUUCAGAUCCUCAUGGUACAUUAAACUAUGCUUGAUCUAAGCGUCAUCUCACAAAACCCUGAAAAUAUUUACAGACAACGCGUUAGGGGCAAGGAUGGUACAGUUGGUCAGUGCGCGGCCUUCGGUGCGAGAUUUUCCGAGUUCGAUCCCCGAUGACAUCAUAUACUUGUUUCGACUUCUCUCCUUUCAUUUAUAGUCGAAAAAAUUUAUAGCUCGCUUUAACUAGCUUUAAAUACCCUUACCCUUAUGAAGAGAGAGGGGUGGGGUGUGGGGAUGAGCGCACUGUCAACCUCAAGUUGACAUACUGUCACCAGUUAUCGACGUAAAAUAUAAUUGCUUUAGCUUUAACUUUACGUUCCAUUGAAAUACAUCAAUAGCACCUUGUAGACAUUGCCUGGAAAAACAGCUUGAGUAACAGGGCUUCAUCAGGGAUAGUGGAGACGAGAUGCGGGAAGGGAGGAAGAGAGUAAUGCCUAGGCUAAAUAAGACAUUUCUUUAAAAUGGUCCAUGUUAUUGUAUUUUUGAAACACGUCAAUAUGUAUUUAUUUUGUAGCAUGAAGCGACUAAAGUGAUGCAGGAUGCUCUGGAGGAGUUUGGCGGAACUCCUGAAGAAGUCAGGUAAGAUCAGAAACAAGUAGCCUAUUGCGACACAUGCAGGUACAAAAGCGGUUCCCGCUGAUGCGCGCGCGCCCCAUAGUAGGGCAUCUAAGAUAGCAAGAUGGCAACGGUGACGAAAACAUCACUCAAAAAAGUACUAAUUUUGCAUUCUUUGAACCUUUAUCACGAUUAUUCCAGGCAUUCGCGCACUUUGUCAAAUAUUGGCGAAGUCUUGUGGAGAUGAAUUCCAAAGAACUCAAUCUAAGUUAAAAAAGAGAAAGAAAAAUUCGUUGUCAUUUGUUUACGUCCACUAUGAAAUACGGCAUUUCCGCUUCGUAGUCGGUCAGGAACGGCAAAGAAAUGCACCAAGUGUAGAGAACAGCAUUGUUUUUUUAGACCUUCUCGUUUCCGUCGCCGUCUUUGCUUAACAUUUCUCUUUCUUAUGCUAAUGUAACGCGGGCUAAGAAGCAAUGUGAACUGUCCUUUGCUAACCUGUCGAGUUUGAGUGGUCACCAGGUAAUUACUUCAUCAUAUCGAGCCAUUUACAAUGGACAAAUGAAGCUUUUUGUGGCACUGAACCUUUUUUAAGGCCCCAUGCACGAGUAUCCGGGUAUUUUUGUAAACGAAUAUGGGCUCGGUUUUCGAAAAGAUACGCGUCCACACGUGGCGUAUUCCUAUCGUUUUAACCCGUCCACACGGAAACGCUGAAACAAUGGAAAUACAAAGGCAUCCCUUUCAGGGCAUGCGCUGUGUGAUGUAUGAAAUCAUCGUAUUCGAUAACAUCCGUUUUCGUCCUUUCACACGGAAACGAUAAGUCGGCGUUUUCAAAAAAAACUCCACGGAGGGGACCGUUUUCGAAAAAAUGCCGUUUGCGUGUGAACGGAAGCCUGAAACGGAGAAAAAAUCUCCGUUUGAAAAAAUAUCCGGAUACUUGUGGAGGGACCUAAGAGUGUUCUCUGUAUAUUGUAAAGGGGCUUUUUAAUGAAGUUUUGGGUCUGUCAGUUCCAAAUCCGAACCUCACCUAUUUUCCAUUUUUACUUCAGGGUACAGAUAUCUAAUGCAGAUCUUGUUCUAAAGAAUGGAGAUACAGAGCAAGCCCUGACUAUACUACGACAAAUAACACCUCAACAAAGGUAAGUGUGGUCAGCGGAUGUUCGAGUCAUUCCUUAACUGGUUUUGCAGCAUUGCUUAUAAAAACGAGUUGAAAAACGGUGUUGCGCGUUUUACCACCAACGAAACAAACCAGUCUUGCAUUAAAUCAGGUUGUUGCAAGCUGUGUGAAUACGACUUCUGGUGCCCGUUUCUCGAAAGGUCCGGAAACUCAUCGCCUUUUCGGGCCCGAAGGCAACUUUUAAAUCAAAACCUGUUGAAUAGUAGCACAGUUCCUAGCUCACAGACCACUCAAUUUUGCUUCGUUAAAUGAUAGUUUUAUUGUAUCAUUUUCAAACUUAUUGGAACCUUGAUCUUGAAGGCAAACACGACCAACACGAAACAGUUUUUCGGGGCCGAAAAGGUAUCAGGACUUUUGAGAAACAUUUCCCUGAUUGGCUAAAACUACGCGGGAGUGAUACCAUGCACACGAGUUACGUCAAUUGCUGUCAAACAAGAUUGUCUUCAGCCGGUAAGACGCACAACUUGUGCAGAUUUUCUUUUCAAAAGUAGAACCUGCAACCUGAUUUCUUGAUGCAAGAAAGGUUUGAUUCGUUGGUGGUAAAACGCGUAACAACGCUUUUCAACUGUUUUUGUUGUAAUGUUGCAAAACAAGUUGCGCAAUUUUCUCGCCCGGUUUACCGUACUGUACGUUCACCGCCUUUCAUAGGAACCUGCUCCGCUUUGCGGCUCGGUGCACCUUUUGUUUAUUGUUCAUUAUAUAGCGAGGGUCACUUGAAGAAAAUUGAGUUAUCCCUAUUAAACUAAGCAGACGCUGUGCAGUGCAUGGAAAUUGUUGACUAAGUGUAUUUUUCUACUGAGCUCUUGAACUAACGUUAUUGGCCUGCGAGCAAGCUCUCCAUUUGGGGGGAUAUCGUGAAAGUAGACGCGCGAGAGGCACUCGGGAGGAGACGGUGGUAUUUCCCUUUGUCUGGGCGAAUUAUUAGAGAUCGUUGCAUGCUCUCCUUUCCUUGGCCCCUCGAAGCUUCGCCGCUCGCACGUUCUCUCCCGACUCGCUUCGCUCGCCCAAAUAGGAGAGCUUGCUCGCAGGCUAUAACGUUAUAGACUUCCUGCCAUAUGUUGUUACAGCCUCAGGAUUCCUCUUUAACUGACCCUGUUCUAGCUACAGUGUAUGUAUUGUGUAUAAUGAAAGAGUUCUAAGGCUGUUUACUUCAACUCUAACUCUGGAUGUUGGUCAUCCAAGAGGUUGCGUCCUAGCACUGUUGCUUCAGUUUCUUUUGUUAAGUUGUCAGGCGGCUGCAAAGGAUUACGAGUAGCGAAGAGUAAUUGUAGUUAAUCAGCUUCAAGCGGACUUGUAUUCUUUCUGACAGUUACUACAUCAAGGCUAAGGAGAAGAUGGCUGAUAUCUAUCUCCAUCAUCGCAAGGACAAGCGUUUAUAUGCAAGUGUGUACAGGUUAGAGACAGUCAUUUUCAGUUUUCUUUCAUGGGGGAACUUAGGGUGAAUUUCCACUGUCGCGUAAUUUUUCCAUGCGAACGCGCGUAAAUGAAAUAGAGGCAGUGUAUGAAAGGCCACGCGUAAACGUGAAAGUUGAGCGAGGUUCAACUUUUACGUUUAUGCGUGACCUUCCAUACAUUGUCUUCCUUUCAUUUACGCACGUGAAAAUUACGCGACAGUGGAAAUCAACCCUUUAUCAUCUACGACGGCGACACCAACGAGGACGGCAAAAAAGCAAUAGGGUUAGGUUGGCAAGACAACAACUCUGCACGUGCAUCACGCUUUUUUGUGCAUUUCUGUGCCGUCGUUACUCGUCUACGACGCGAAACGUCCUAAUUUCACGUUUUGUGGAGGACGGGAACCCCACAAGACUAACUCCUGAAAAAUCGCCUACCUAUGAAAAACUAGAAGAGUUGGAAAAAGAGCGAUGAAAUUUAAAACAGCGUGAAUCUUAUUUUUGGGUGAAGUUUUCGCUGCGAUGCCGCCAUCGACUCACUUUGACUCCGAAGAUAACUACCGCACAGGUUGUCGAAACGUUAGCCGCUGUCAAAAAUUACAGUCCUAUUCAGGACUACGUUCACCCGAAGGAUCAUGCUCAACCUACUUGUACGUACUGUCUAAUUGUGUUAAACGAUGUUUGGGGUGCUUAGGUACCUCCCCCUUCUCUUCUCCGUUUAAUGAGUCAGUCAUUAUCGACCUAAACAAGUCUUGUUAGAGCCAUACGACCGGUUAUUAAAACAGCGUUUAGUUAGUGUUGCAUUGAAAAAAGCGCAUUCUUAAUCAUUUUCAAUUUGCCCAAACCCAAUUUCUAAUAAGUGUCUACGUUUCCACUUGAAAUAACCCAUUCACGAAUCGAACAGAACUAGAGAUCCGCUGAUUUUGUUGAACUACGUUCUAAGUUAGAGUUCAUACGAUCCGAGACGCCUGCAGCACGUGUUGGACCUUUUUUAAAAAAUACUGCUGGGUUCAAUUCAUUUGCAGCGUCUCGUUUUAUUGUUGUUCUGUAUGUGCAAGUUUGAUAUUAAAAGGCGAGUGGACAUGCAGUGCCACACAACUGCCCACUUCGACUUCUGUGCCAACUUUAGCAAAAACGGAUACGAAAGGUGUUUGAUGCCUGAAAAGUGCUGUAUUAAUUUGCUUAUUUCUUGCAGAGAACUUGUUGAUAAGAACCCAAGUGCUCAUACCUGUCUGUUAUUGGGUGAUGCUUAUAUGAGUAUACAGGAGGUAAGUGAAGGAUGCGCUUACUUAAAGCUUCAGCCUCUGAAAUACUGAAAAAUGAUGUGUAUAAAAUACAUUUGCAAGCAGAUAGUGUCAGGAUAAGAAAUAAAAUUUCAUUAAAAGCCUCAAAAGUGUAACCAUAUUUCAAUGUUUACAUCGAAGGAACGGAUCUACAAUAAUCUUCAAGCCAUCGUUCUUUAGCCUUGCAAGACCAAAACGAACUAUCAAACAAAAAUAGCGUAGUCAAUAACGUAAUCAACGCAACGAAAACCUUGUUGCAAACUUCACCGGAGGACAGACAUUAGAAGAGUGCAUUAUAUGAUGUCAAGUUUGUAAUAACUAUUUAAGAUUACCGAAUUUGCUACCCUGGAUACCAGAGGUUUUCUUUGGCGCGCGGCAGGAUGCUUCGGGGUCGACCACAAGCCGACGAAUCUUCGGCAGAAGGGCGAAGCUUUGUGGAGCACUGUAGAGACUUGACCGAAACAGGAAACUGCGCUGUAAAAGUCUCCAGUACCCAAGGUACAAAUGUUCUGAAUCACGAAACACGUUUCAUGACAAGCAAUUUGCCCAAAUUGAGCGCCUCAGUAAUGUAGCCGGUGAACAGGCUGUCUCUUUGGGAAAAGGGUCCCUCUCCUCAAGAUUUUUUCACCUCUUCCUCAAACAGAGAGCCUGUUCACAGGCUACAGGAAUGUUGUUGACCGAUUCUGUCUUCUUUAGCAGCUCAACAAUUGCAAUGCAAGUCAAAAAUUUGAUCACCGUGUAAAAAGGAUUAAAACGUUAUGUAAGAGUUUUGUUUUCUUCUUGUGUAAUUCAGCCUGAAAAAGCAAUUGAAGUGUAUGAGACAGCACUGAAGAAAAACCCCAGGGACGGUGCACUGGCGAGCAAAAUAGGACAGGCGUUGGUUAAGACACAUCAUUACGGCAAAGUGAGUGAUCAUUUCUUUGUAAACAUAAGCACCUUGUCAUUAAAUACACAUAAGGACCCUUAAGCAAAGACGACGGCGACUUCAACGAGAACGUCAAUAGCAAUAGGUUUGGAUGGGCAAAACAACAACUUUGCACGUGCAUCACGCUUUUUUGUACGUUUCUUUGCAGUCACUGCUCGACUACGGUGUCAAAGUCCCUAAUUUCAUGUUUUGUGGAGGACGUGAGCACAAAACAAUGACUUUCUUUUGUUCCUGAACUUCUAUAGAGUCUUUCUGAAUUCAUCUCCAGAAAAGUUAUUAACAAAAUAAGCGCGAUAGAGUUUGAAGCAGCGGGAAUUCGCUUUUUAAGUAACGUUUUCAUAGCCGUGGUCGUCGUUGUUGUUUAAAGCCCUGUGCAAACGGACGCAACAUUGGUGGACAACAACUGAACUUCCAACAUUGUGAACAUUGUUGGAUGCUACUUGUUGCGUCCGUUUGCACACCCUGUUGCAUGCUGUUGCGUGUUUUGGGGAGUUGUUCAGUUGCGCAAAGUUUGAAACUGAUCAAACGUUUAGCUCCGUGCAAGUGACGGAUGCAGCUAGUCCCAACAUUGUUGGCCCAACAAUGUUUCAUGAGUGGACUUGGUCGUCCUGGUGAACGUUGUUGAAUAGGACACAGACGACCAAUAAUAUCGCGCUUGACCAAUUAAUGACUUAUGCCCCAAACGUAAAUGACACUCAGUCAUUAUUUCCCAUUUGAAAGCCUCGUUGGUACCCUUGACUUAGUCUGCUACACAGGCGUUUUUAGUGUCCUCACGCAACUACCCUUGAGUGGGUGUAUUAUCGGAUUUUCAAUGCAGUACUGAAUAAGGCCGACUCCGCCGGCUCCUGAAAGGACCACCUCUCCAUCUCACGGUUAUAUAUAUUUACAGUGUAACUCAAACUUAAAGCCUCCUUUUACGUUUUCUGUUUUUACAGGCCAUCAAUUACUAUGAGGCCGCCUUGAAAUCGGGACAGCAAAACUUUUUAAGGUUUGUACUUUUUGGAGCGUUUCUGUUUUGUGCCUUGUAUCGUGAUGGUCGGCUUUCAACAUCUGAGUUUUCUUUUCAGAUACGACUUGGCUGAGUUAUAUCUUAAGUUGAAAAACUACGACAAAGCAGACAAAGUCAUCAAGUCAGCUUUGGAGCAGGAGAAAGGUAUAGUGAUUAAGCAAGGGACCUUUCUGCAUGCAACAAAACACAGUUGCUCAUCUUGUCUUGUACAUGUUCUUAUUUUUGUGGAAAAGCGUUGAUAUGUCCCAAUAAUCACUUUUAAGAUUAGUGAAUGCCUGCGUGUUUGCAUCAUUUGUGACUCUUAUCUCUUUUUUCUGUGUCACAGAAAAUGCUUUACGUUUGUGAAUUUGGUUGUUUGCAAAAUUUAGAUUGACUCUCGAAGCGUCACCUUUUAAAUCUUUUUUUGUGGUGGUCAAAUCAAAUGUUUGUGCCUCAAACAGUGUCACAGUUUCUUUUGAAACUAAUUCCUUACUUUUUGCAAAGAUUCUUAGUGGAAGGAGGAAAGAAACUUGUUUCACGUGGCUCAUAAAACAGAUUCAACAGUUUUCAGUAUUUUAGAGAUCCUGUCGGGAAUAUACAUGUAUCAUGCUCUUUGUCAGUUUAAAUGGCACGCGCACUAAUUGAUUCGUGCGAUAAACGACAUUUUGAAGAAUACCACCUGAAGAUGUGUCAGCCAGUGCUGCAUCAAUGUCAGGGUUUCUAUUAUUUUUAUCAUCAUCAUCAUCAUCAUCAUCAUCAUCAUCAUCAUCAUCAUCAUUAUUUCAUGGUGUCCCCUUUUGCUUUUGUAGCUAAUGAUCUCCCAUCGCUAAUGGAAGAGGCUCGACUUCUGAAGCUUCAGGCGCAAGUUUAUCAGCGAUCCGGGAACACUGAAGAAACUCUGAAAACCUUGACCAGAGCGAAAGAAGUACAAACCAGGUGAGCAAUGCUGUUUUAGUUUCUCCUUUUUUGAGGCAAUACAGGUGACUGGUGCGUACUUUCAAGGCAUCUGAAGCUCGUUUCAUUCCGGUAUAGACUCGUGGGAGAUGUCUAGUAGUCCUCGAAUUCGUAUUUGAAUCCAAACUGAAGAGGAAGGACAGCUUUGUUUUUCUUCCUUUUCGUUCUUGUGUUAACGAGCUUACUUCAUUUUCUCGCAUACCGAACUGGAAACCCGGUGUGUUCGUAAAGAGAAUGUAGCUGUUAAUCAGGACUGUCUAGUCAGAUCACUCAAUUCCUAUUAAAUACACACACACACGCACGCAGAAGUGCCAGGUCUUAAGAAGUAAAGGUUUGGAAAAAAAAAAUAAGCCCAAUUCAUUUUCAAAUUGACCUACCAGUUCCGUUGACUUUUGUAGAGCGCCCUUACUGUAGUAACCAUACCUUGUCACAUUGCCUUCUUAUACUGCAGGGGUGGCGUUCCAGUAAGGUAUUGUUUGUAUGGCCCAAAUCGUUACAGGGUAUUAUCUUCAUGCUGAAGUGUAAACUUACCAAUAUGUUAUUAUGUUGCAGGGUUCUUAGAAGAGUUGGUGUUGAACAACCAGAUGCUGUAAAAGCACAGAAAUUACAAGCUGCAAAGUAAGACUGGAAAUAGCGCAGUUUUAAGAAACAGCUGUAUUGUGCACUAAACACACUAAGCUUUAUGAAUGUUUUUGUAUCUUUGUAAUGGCUUUGUGUUAAGAUUCUAGUCUCGGUGUUAUAUUUUGGAACCAUUAUGCAGCACCACAGAAAAGUGCUGCUCAGUAGCUUUCUUUUAAAUGACUACACUUUUGAACUUCAUCCACCGAUCUAAAUGUUCCAGUUACAUCGGUUGAAUGGCGUUUCUGUUGAGUUUUCACCCAUGAGUGUUUCCCUUAAAUUCAGACGAAACAAUGGUGUGAUAAUACUCUGUUGGUAAAAUCUGGACAAUGUAUGGCGGACAUUCUUGUAUUCAAGACACUUCUAAUUUGUGGUAAAUCUUUCAUUGGUUCUGCGUAAGAAAACAAACUGAGUUUGUUUUAGUUUUCUCGUGGAUGGGCAAAACGCCGAUAAAUUCGCUUUUAAUACGAAAAUACCCAGACAGAUCAUGUUUAUUAUUUAUUGACAGAAUAUGUGCAGAAAUGGCGGAGCUGUCGAUCACUGCCAGAGAUUAUGCCAAGGCCAUUAACUUUUACAAGGAAGGAUUGACAUAUGAUGAAACAUACUUACCGGUAAGAAGAAAAAUACAGAUAUAACAAACGCUGAAAUUUUGCGCCAAAAUUAAGGAAUGAUUAGUCACCUAUAAUAGUAGACCGAUAAUUAUAUGAUUUGCGUUAUUCUGGAUUACCUCUAGUUUUUCUUCUUGUCGCUAAUGUCUUUGUUUGUUGUUCUAGGCCAUGUUACAGCUGGCCAGAAUGUAUCUAACAGUAGAUGAUCUGGACGCCUGUCAACAGCAGUGUGUACAGCUCCUCAAAAUGGACUCGGAAAAUGAUGACGCUACCGUCGUAAGUGGAGAUUUUUUUAAAAAAACAUUUUUCUUAUCAUCCUAUCGUUAUUCAUGGUUCUAUAUCCGUAACGGUUACAGUUUACUCAAUCGUUUCUAUUUUUUCAAAGAAACUCUCCACUCUUACUGCAAACUGACCUUAAAUUGCUCGAAAAGAAACGUAAAAUUCCAUUUUUUUUCCCUCUAUUAAGUGAGAUUUAAGUGAGCAAAAGUGUUGAUAAGGAAACCACCGAUUUUUUGCUUUUAACUGUUGCGUACCACCAGUUUUCAUUUUGUUACAUCAUUCGGUUGCUGCCAUUAUCAAAUACAAACGACUAUAGGUAAUUCUUCACAUAGCGGCUACCAAGCGACCUUAUAAGAAUCCAAAAUGGCGGCACGAGAGAAAUUUAAUACCAAAAAUGGCCGAUAUUUAAAGGAGCUUUGUCACGAAGUUUGUCAAAAUUCUAACAGUAGGAACAGCCACCAAAUUGAGUGAAUCGGCGUAAAAAAUACCAGCGCUCAAAACAUUGAAAGAAGGUAUAAAUAACAAACAGACUCAAAAGGAGGCAGGAAUGAACAAACUUGAAGAAGAUUGUUAACGUGCUCCUUUACAUUUGUUGUGACUUUUCAAAAAGGAAGAAUAGAAAAGAAAAUUCGUAAUCCAUCCCCGUUGUCUUAAAGUCAUUACAUUUACCUGUGUAGAAUAUGCUGUGCUGUGUAGAGUUGUUGUAUACCAAAGAACAUGUCGGAUUAAUGGCUUGUUUCUCUUUAUUGUCUUGUUUUAUCUAAAAACGUCUCUCGUUUGUCUUGUUUUAGAUGAUGGCAGAUUUAAUGUUUAGGAAAAACGAAUACGAUUCUGCUACAUUUCAUUUUCAACAGCUUUUAGAACGAAAGCCAGGUUAGUCUAGUUAUCAGCUGUUCACAGAUGAGCUCCCUUGCUGUCUCAGAUUUAAACAUAAAAAUGACAUAGUUUGGUUAAACGGACGCCUGUUUGAAUGUUAACGUAAUUCGGGCUACCAAUGUCCAUUUCCCAUUUUUCCUGCAAAGUGGGGGGUUUAAAGAUUAAAGAGUUCUUGCUUGUGGGCAAGAGCUGUUUACGUGCUGUUCUGGUAAAGUUUUGGGCCUGAAGCCCUAUUUUAAAGUUAAACUCUAUAAGAAUGGUAGUGCUAAUUACAGCUUAGAAACCAACCCAUAUUGUUUCUUUAACUGGUAGUUUGUUGUAGUACUUUCAAAACUAUUAGGGUCGUUUAUUUAAACGCAGCCUAACUUAUGCCGCGGUUUAGCAAAUCUUUGAACCUUCAGAUCACUUUCUUAGUGGUUUAUUUUAUGAAGAUAUAUGUUUCUUUCAGACUAGGCAGUUGCUUUCUUGAAAAUGUUCACGAUAACCGGUGUGUAGAGUAAAGCGUUGAGCAAAUUGAAAAUGGCUUAGAACACGGUUUUGGUCAACACUGGCCAAACUCCCUUUAAAUAACCGGACCGUAAAGUUUCAAUUGUGAAUUUAAACACGGUUAGCUAAAGACAGCUUUCUGCAACUGGUAAUUACCGUAAAUCCUCUAUUUUAAUAAGAGAAAUAAGCCCCCGAGAGGGGGGGGGGGGCUUAUUUCUUUCAAGCCCAUUUGAGGGGGGAGCUUAAAUGAGACGGGGGGUUUAUUUGAGAGGGGGGGCUUAUUUAAUUUAGAAACGUCGAUAGUAUCAGCUCUCCAUAAAGAACUCGAAUACAAAGUGGAAAGGCUGAAGUACAAAAAGUGUUAGGUCAUACAGCCGACGAUCAGAAUCCAAUCCGAACUAAACCAUCCCAGGUUAGUCCGCACGAAGUUUUACAGUCGUAAUUGAUCGAUACAGUCUCUCAUUUAUUAGUGAAGAAUAAUAAGGGGAGGGGAGGGGGGCUUAUUAACUUUCUUUCCUGAAAAGGGGGGGGGGGCUUAUUUGAGAGGAGGGCUUAAUAGAGUUAAUAGACGAUUUACGGUUAUGAGAAAUUCGAAGUAAAGGACCCCAGAUCCCCCCUUCUGUGGGUUCUUUGUCGCCUGGAUCUGUCUUUUAAGUCAAGCAUCGACCAGUUUUCAUUUUCGACUAGCUUACGAUAUACAUUUUUCUGUUAAAUAAAGGGAUCCCUCAAUUUUGCCUUGUCAAUGUAUUCAUGAAGCAUCGCGUAAGAUGUUUCAGGUGUUCGUAGUUUAUUCGAAUUUUGAUGUUACGAUUCUUUUUUUAUUAUUAUUGUUUUUGUUGUUGUUAUUAUUAUUAUUACAGGUCAUUUUAGUGCACUGGCUCGGCUUAUCAAUCUUCUAAGGAGGGCAGGGAAGUUAGACGAGUGUUCAAAAUAUCUUGAACAGGUAGGUUUGGUAUUUGUAAUGCCGCUGGCUUAAGAGCGACGGUUAAGAAAAAUCGAGCAGAACCUUGAUUGCGUGGCAGUGGUUGAACCAUAGAUAGCUUUUAGGUAGAUUAGUAAUCUGAUGUAAAUUGUUCCCGCCAAAGCCUUUUAUUUGCCAGAAAAAUUAGAAUAUCGGUUCUCGUGGUCAGAGUCUCAAGAUGGCGUAAUUAUUAAACCGAAAUUCGCUGACAUCUAUUUACCUCGCGUUCGCAUACAAAGCCGCAUGAAGAAGUUUAGUUACUUUUCAUAAACGAAAGCACUCUUUUACUUUCACUAGAAGAAACUUUCAGAGCAAUAGCGAGAGUGACCAUUGUAUUAAACUAGUAAUUUAUUAUUAUUAUUUUUAUUUGUUUUUUACUCUACAUAGGCUGAAAGUGCCAUCCCUCGCGCAGCCACUGACUCUGGACUGAAUUAUUGUAAAGGAUUGUUUAAUUGGUGAGGUGCUUUUUACAGAUCUCCUGACUAGGUUGUAAUAUCUGGGAAGGGAAAUUGUGGGGGUUAGCAAAACAAUAUUAGGGACUUAGGCUGGACUAUGAAUACGAGAUUGAGUACGAGUUCGAGUAUUCAAACCAAGUAUUGGGUGCUUUAGACAAUCUCUUGUCACACCCGAACGUGUCUUUGUUUUGUGUGGUCAACAACAAGAAAGAGCAAAAGUGAGAACAUGAUUGGCUUGAAAUGCCUUUAUCGUAUUCGUAUUCGUUCGCCUAUACUCAAGCUUAAAGUUCUUAUGAAUGAAUCUCCUUGACUGCGGCAUCUUAUUAUUGAAGUUGCUGUUUUUUGUUAUCGUCGUCGCAUCGCCUUCAUCUUCACCUUUUGCCGUCAUAAUUUAGCGUAUAAUUUUCGCCUUCUCUUUUCGUUUUGUUUCAUUAAACUGUUUUAGGUUCACGGUAAACCCCACAGCAGCUCUUAAACAUUUCAAUCUUGCAAGGAAAGAUUCAGAAUGGUAGGUUUUAGCGACAGCUUUGCACUCUUUAUUUUUCGUGUGGAAUCAAUAACAAGUGGAGAAAAUUAAAAGACGUUAAGCCGUAUAAUAGUGUUUCAUGCACUGAAGAGUGGCCUUUUGAGCUUCUUCGAAUCAGUGCUGGCCCAAACCUUUUAGGCGUGACUCCCGCGGUAUGACUGUCAUAACGAUAACAGGUUAGCUUUUUGUAAUCUAUGGGACGGAUUUCUUAAAUAUUUCCAACGGCACUAGCCGAUCUCUUUGCACAAGUUAACCUCCAAAGUUGAACAUCAUCAUCGUUCUCUCUUCCCCUUAGCUGCAAUAAUAAUUUCGUCAGUUGCCAAAUGCGUCAUUUAUUUGUUGAUUUUAUCAGGGGUGAGAAAGCAGUGUACAACAUGAUCGAGAUCUGCCUGAAUCCAGAUAACGAGACUUUGGGAGGAGAAACUUUUGAUGCGGUGGAUGGAGAUGUUAGGUAAAUAUGUUCAUUUUAUGAAGGAGUUAUAUUUUUAAUAAGAAAAGUACGGUGAUGCUUCAGUGAAACACUAGAUUAUGGUUGAACAAGCUGGGUUAUUCAUGUUAGCCAAACUGGGGAAAAUCCUUUUUUCUUUUUCAAAAUCACCCUGAAUGUAAACUCUAAAAAGAUGUUUAACAGCGUUAAUCUUAACCUGAGAAAACAGCAACCUCGUUCCCAGGGUUCUCUCCUACCCGCCCCUACGGAGCGAGAGAGAGAGAGACCCUGGAAAACGCUGGUCCACGGUCUCUCUCUCGCCCGCUCCGUAGGGCGGGUAGGAGAGAACCCUGGGAACGAGGUUGAGAAAGCAGCCGACAUUUCAAGACGCCACCACUGGUUUCCCUGCGAAAUGACGUCUGAGAAUCGAAACGAGUGCAGAAAUUCGGUUCAAUACUGAUGACGUGUCACUAAACAGAUCUGGAUAGUACUUCUGAUUGGUUGAAGCCAAUUUCCCACGCGGCACGACCAAUCAGAAGCACUACCCAGAUCCUGUUUGGUAGCGUCGCCAAAUGUCGGCUGUUUUCUCAGGCGUUAGUCUGAAUGGGAAGUAGAACAUUCAUACGCAAGAAUUGGCAGAAGCCUAAAAUAAAACGCUUUAAUGAACUGCAAACUUUAAUCCUCGUCCUGGUAUUAGUGAAAACGUACAUUUGCGAGUGGCGGAGAAAAGAAAACGUCUUUAGCCUUCAACCAACGGGGUCACUGUAAUUUUUACUAUUCAAAUCAUACUGAGCUUCAGCGUCAGCAUUUCUACCUCUACGAUAUCGUCGACUUUUACUCUUCAUCUCAUUUUCUUUUCCUUUAUUAUUAUGAUUUUUUUUUUGUGCAGCCAAAACGAGAAACAGGAUUCAGAAAUGAUGGCUGUCCGCACUGCCGAGAAGCUGCUAAAGGUGUUAUUGAUUUGUUAUUUUUUUUUUUUUUCGCUCCUUUUUUUUUUUUGCUUUGGCUUCGUCUUUGUUCGUGUCUGAGUAAAUAAAAAGAAAUAAAAAAUGUGUGGAAUUCAUGGUUAUCAUGAACCACCGCUAUUAGCCCGAGACCGAAGCGUUUGUAUGCGAAGUUCGUCUUUUUCGACAGCGAAAGAUGAUGAGAGAUCAAGAAAAUGAAGACUACUCUCUUUGUUCUCUGUUUUGUGUUUGUCUUUGCCGUCUUAAUGCUGCGAAAAGAGUAGCACUCUUUUUUCUUUGUUUUUCAAACUGUUGGUCGUUUCUUUUAGUUUAUUUUUUUUUGAGGCGAAAGUAGCUCCUUAAGAAUAUCGGAUCAACUUCUUCACCACGUUGCAUCAUAAAGUUAAAGAAGUUUCUCGCAAGUCUAUGUUUAACCUUGAGAUUGUCAAUUGACCGCCAUGCAAAGCGGUUUGUUAUGCCAUAACACCAUGAAUUCAUUAUUAAUCUCACAGGAUUUCAAGCCAAAGGGAAGUCCUAUAAAGUAUCGCAUCCUUGAAAACAGUGUUCUUAUGGCUUCCAAGGCUAAACCUACCGUGGAGAAAGCUUUAGCACAGUUCAUGGAAAUCGCCACAACUGAGGUAUUUAGAAUAGGGGACAAAAUUAGCCAUAGCUACUAAGCUAUGAUAAUAGACUCUGACAGUCAUAUACCUAAAAUGUUUAUUCUUACAGCGGUCGCUUUCAUUGCCUAACUCGAGGUCACAUGUCAUCUCAAUGAAUAGUUUUCCGGCCAAAGUGUCUAAUGGAGCAAUGUUGCUAAAUCCGUGAGGUCAGAAGGUAACGUUACGCUGUUCCCUUGAAUGUUGACCGACGGAUCUCGUAAUAUUUUGUGGUGCUAUAUAACAAAUCACUUAAUAGACCGGCCAUCGUGAAUCACACAAGUUCGUCUCCCUCGAAUCUAGAUGUUUUCCGGAAACUUUCUCUCGGAAAAUAUCACCUCUACCUUGGUUUGUCAGUGAAGGUGACUGUGAACCCGAGAGUAGCCAUGGACAGCUGUCAUCAGCAUAGGACAUCAUGAACUUGAACACACGGGUCCUGCAGUAAUAUAGCAAGAUUUUAACGAGAAGGGCUUGUGGGUUACGCCUUUUUCGAACCAACAAAACAAGUUUAAUUAACCUAGGUUUAACAGAAUGGAAAUCGGCGGCAGAAAACUGAAACACCAAUUUUACAAUCGGUUCAUGUAGAAAUUUUAUGUUUUAUUUAAAAUACAGGUGUUAGACGUGUUUGAGCUUUGCUGUUAAGGGGGGCUUAAGAUAAACUUGGUAUUACGCAUUAUUAUCUCAUCGUCGACGACCCAAAACAUUGUUAUAGCGAUCCCAUGCAUUACCAGCCCUACACAUGUGCAUUGUUCCCGUCAGUUGGCAAGGCCAACGAGAACGUCAAAAAAGCAAAGGUUUGAAUAGGAAAAACAGUCAGCAACUCCCCACCGACUUGCAUCCGACACUGUUCAUUGGGUUACACACAAUUGGAAAAACUUUGUCAUAGAAAAAUGAAAAAAGAAAAAGCCAAAUAGGAUUAAUUAGGCUAAUAAGUCCAAUGAUUUUAUUUGCAACAUCUGCACAUGGACGUCGUACUGAUUUGCCUGUUCAAUUUGCUUUUGCUUUAAAGCUGAAAGACAAUAAAAAAAACAAAAAAUCCUGGCAGCGGGGAAAUAAAACGGCUGCAAAUAAGUCCACCCUGAGAAUGUGGCUUAAUUAGCCUAUUUAAUUCCUAUUUGGCUUUUUCCUUUUUCUCAUUUUUCUAAGACAACGUUAUUUCAAUUGGGUGUAUCUUUAAGGAGAGAUCC